CAGAGACGUAGAGAGACUGACAGUGGGACAGAUCUCAGCUCAUCUCUUUCACAAGCGCAAACGAUUCCGAAACUUACAACAGGGUUCCUUCGGAGCACCAGGAAUGUUUUAACAUCUUUGUUUUUUCCGCUUUCUCUGAUUCAGAUUUUGUGGUGUGUUUUAUAUCUCUGUGGUGUCUGAACUGUUUAAUCUGGGACAGCUUGUUCCAGGACGAGUCUGUGUGCGGACAUGUGGAGUAUGAAACUACAAGUGUUUGACGAGUUAACACGGAGCACCGAGCGGAUACGAUGAGCUUUGGCGAUGCAGCACAGCCCGGGAAUGCGCGAUGAUAUUACGGAGCGCAACGCAAGUUUUCUGCUCAACAAAAGCGCGAACAACUCAUGGGCUGACAUCCCGGAACGGAGCGACUUGGUGAGCGAUGGCUCAGCCGUUCUGCGCAUCCUCAUCUCCACUAUUUACUCGGUCGUGUGCGCGCUCGGUUUGGUCGGUAACCUUCUCGUGCUGCACCUCAUGAAGGCUAAACACGCGUGGAAAAAGUCGUCCAUUAACCUGUUCGUGACCGGGCUUGCGGUGACCGACUUCCAGUUCGUGCUCACGCUGCCGUUCUGGGCGGUGGAGAACGCCUUGGAUUUUACGUGGCCUUUUGGCAGGGCAAUGUGCAAGAUCGUGUCGUAUGUCACAGCUACCAGUAUGUACGCCAGCGUGUUUUUCCUGACUGCCAUGAGUGUGGCGAGGUACCGCUCCGUAGCGUCAGCGCUUAAGAGUGGACGCAGGCGCAAGCGCCCGUCUGCGCGCUGCGUCAGCGCCGUGAUCUGGACGACAGCAGUCGUGGCCGCGUUGCCACAUGCCAUUUUCUCUACCACAGCCACUGUGUCCAACGAGGACCUGUGCUUGGUCAAGUUCCCCGAUCGCAACGGCGACGCGCAGUUCUGGCUAGGACUCUAUCACCUCCAGAAGGUGCUACUCGGUUUUCUGGUGCCUUUUGUGAUCAUCUCAGUGUGCUACCUGCUACUGCUUCGUUUCGUAACCCACAAGCGUGCCAACGCGUCGGGCGCAAGAAGGCGCUCCAAAGUGACAAAAUCUGUAACCAUCGUGGUGCUGUGCUUCUUCUUGUGCUGGCUGCCUAACCAGGCAUUAACAACUUGGGGUAUCUUGAUUAAGCUGAACGCCGUGCACUUCAGCUACGAGUACUACACGGCGCAGGUUUACGUGUUCCCCGUGACCGUGUGCCUAGCGCACUCCAACAGCUGCCUCAACCCGCUUCUCUACUGCCUCAUGAGGAGAGAGUUCAGGAGAGCGCUCAAGGAGCUCUUUUGGCAGAUCGCAUCACCCUCCACUACAAACACGCGACCCUUCACAGCUUGCAGCAAACCAGAUCCUGAGAAACAGGCGCGCUCUGUACUGCCACUCAGCACACCCGAACCUGGCCUUGUCUUCUACCCACCAGGGGUUGUGAUGUAUAACGGGAGAAAUGACCUACUGCCGAACAGUACGUAGACUAUACACAACAACAAAACAGCUCAAAUGUUCUUGGAAGAUGUUUUAAGCGUUAUUGUUGGUUGACUCAGUAACAGAACCAUUAAGAAGACAUCCAGAAAUCCCUAUUAUGAAACAGAGCUGUAUUUGAACCUGAACUCAAAGUGGCUGCAUGGGGGACAUCAACACGUUUAACUGCAUGUCAGAAGUAUGCAAAUUUACA